ACGGUGCCUUUUGUGUCCCCCCAGGUGCAGGUGAAUCUGGUGUUUUGGAGGGCGCCGCGGUCCCGGCAUCACCAUGAAGGCCCUGGAUGAGCCUCCCUAUCUGACAGUGGGCACUGAUGUGAGUGCUAAGUACAGAGGAGCCUUCUGUGAAGCCAAGAUCAAGACAGCAAAGAGACUUGUCAAAGUCAAGGUAACAUUUAGGCAUGAUUCUUCAACAGUGGAAGUUCAGGAUGACCACAUAAAGGGCCCACUGAAGGUUGGAGCUAUUGUGGAAGUGAAGAAUCUCGAUGGUACAUAUCAGGAAGCUGUCAUCAAUAAAUUAACAGAUGCGAGUUGGUAUACUGUAGUUUUUGAUGAUGGAGAUGAGAAGACGCUGAGACGGUCCUCACUGUGCCUGAAAGGAGAGAGACAUUUUGCUGAAAGUGAAACACUAGACCAGCUCCCACUCACCAACCCUGAACAUUUUGGCACUCCAGUCAUCGGGAAGAAAACAAAUAGAGGAAGAAGAUCGAAUCAUAUCCCAGAGGAAGAGUCUUCUUCAUCCUCCAGUGAUGAAGAUGAGGACGACAGGAAGCAGAUUGAUGAGCUGCUAGGCAAAGUUGUUUGUGUAGAUUACGUUAGUUUGGAUAAAAAGAAAGCACUAUGUUUUCCUGCAUUGGUGGUUUGUCCUGAUUGUAGUGAUGAAAUUGCUGUGAAGAAAGAUAAUAUUCUUGUUCGAUCUUUCAAGGAUGGCAAAUUUACUUCGGUACCAAGAAAGGAUGUCCAUGAAAUUACUAGUGAUACUGCACCAAAGCCUGAUGCUGUAUUAAAACAAGCCUUUGAUCAGGCACUAGAGUUUCACAGAAGUAGAACUAUUCCUGCUAACUGGAAGACGGAAUUGAAAGAAGACAGCUCCAGCAGUGAGGCAGAGGAGGAGGAGGAGGAGGAGGAAGAUGAGAAAGAAAAGGAGGAUAACAGCAGUGAGGAGGAGGAAGAAAUAGAACCAUUUCCAGAAGAAAGAGAAAACUUUCUUCAGCAGCUGUACAAAUUCAUGGAGGAUAGAGGCACACCUAUUAACAAACGACCUGUACUUGGAUAUAGAAAUUUGAAUCUCUUUAAGUUAUUUAGACUUGUACACAAACUUGGAGGAUUUGAUAAUAUUGAAAGUGGAGCUAUCUGGAAGCAAGUCUACCAGGACCUUGGGAUUCCUGUCUUAAAUUCAGCUGCAGGAUACAAUGUGAAAUGUGCUUAUAAAAAAUACUUAUAUGGCUUUGAGGAGUACUGUAGGUCGGCCAAUAUUGAAUUUCAGAUGGCACUGCCAGAGAAAGUUGCUAACAAGCCAUGUAAGGAGUGUGACAGUGUAAAAGAAAUAAAAGUUAAGGAAGAAAGUGAACCAGAAAUGAAAGAAAUAAAGAUUGAAGAGGAGGAGAAGAUAAUAAUAAAAGAAGAAAACCCUACUGAAGAUGAUGUUGAAAGAAAGGAAAAUAUUAAACCCUCUCUGGGAAGUAAAAAGAAUUUAUUAGAAUCUAUAUCUACACAAAGUGAUCAGGAAAAAGAAGUUAACCUAAAAAAGACAGAAGAAAAUGAAAAUCUGGUCAACAAAAAUGAUGAGACAACUGGGUUAGAUGAAUCCCUCAGCAUAAAGGUAGAAGCUGAAGAAGAAAAGGCAAAAUCUGGAGAUGAAACGAAUAAAGAGGAAGAGGAAGAUGAUGAAGAAGUAGAAGAGGAGGAGGAGGAGGAGGAGGAGGAAGAGGAUGAAGAGGAUGAUGACAACCAUGAGGAAGAGGAGUUUGAAUGCUAUCCACCAGGCAUGAAAGUCCAAGUGCGGUAUGGACGAGGGAAAAAUCAAAAAAUGUAUGAAGCUAGUAUUAAAGAUUCUGAUGUCGAAGGUGGAGAGGUCCUUUACUUGGUCCAUUACUGCGGAUGGAAUGUGAGAUAUGAUGAAUGGAUUAAAGCAGAUAAAAUAGUAAGGCCUGCUGAUAAAAAUGUGCCAAAGAUAAAACAUCGGAAAAAAAUAAAGAAUAAGUUAGACAAAGAAAAAGACAAAGAUGAAAAAUACUCUCCUAAAAACUGUAAACUUCGACGCUUGUCAAAACCACCAUUUCAGACAAAUUCAUCUCCUGAAAUAGUAUCUAAACUGGACCUUACUGAUGCCAAAAACUCGGAUACAGCUCAUAUUAAAUCCAUAGAAAUUACUUCUAUCCUUAAUGGACUUCAAGCUUCGGAGAGUUCUGAGGACAGUGAGCGGGAGGAGGAGACAGGUGCUCACGUGGACAGCACUGGCAAAGAGGAAGCGAAGACGGAGUAUCUGGCCCACGCCAGAAACGACCUCCUUUCAAAGGAGGAACAGAACAGUUCGUUUUUGCUGGAAGAAAGCAAGGUCCAUGCAGAUUUGGUAAUAGCUAAACCAGCGUCGAAAUCUCCAGAAAGGUUAAGAAAAGACAUGGAAGGAUUGUCCGAAGAUACGGAUUAUGAAGAAGAUGAAGUCACAAAAAAGAGAAAGGAUGUCAAGAAAGACACCCCCGAGAAAUCCUCGAAGCCACAGGUCAAACGUGGGAAAAGAAGGUACUGCAACACGGAGGAGUGUGCGAAGACCGGGUCGCCCAGCAAGAAGGACGACAAGGCCAAGAGCAAAGACGCACUUUGCGUAGAAAACAGCAGCAACAGCUCUUCUGAUGAAGACGAAGAAGAAAAAUCAAAAGCGAAGCUGACACCAACCAAGAAAUACAACGGCUUGGAGGAAAAGAGGAAAUCCCUGCGGACGACUGGCUUCUAUUCGGGGUUCUCCGAAGUGGCAGAAAAAAGGAUCAAGCUUCUAAACAACUCGGACGAAAGGCUCCAGAACAGCCGAGCGAAAGAUCGCAAAGAUGUCUGGUCGAGCAUCCAGGGCCAGUGGCCCAAAAAGACGCUGAAGGAGCUUUUCUCCGACUCGGACACGGAGGCCGCGGCCUCCCCUCCGCACCCGGCCCCGGAGGAGGGCCCGGCCGAGGGGACCCUCGUUGGGUUUGGAGCAACCCCCUGGCCGGGCACUGCUUUCCUGACAACCGUGUCACACUGCUUUGCAAGCCUGACUAACUUGUUCUGUACAGGUCAGAAAAGAGGGAAAGAAACCCAGGGAGGAGGAAGUUCAUCGAAAAAGCAGAAACGAAGCCAUAAAGCAACAGUGGUAAACAACAAAAAGAAGGGAAAAGGCACCAACAGUAGCGACAGUGAAGACCUUUCUGCCGGGGAGAGUGUCACCAAGACGCAGCCCGUCAAGUCCCUGUCGGGAAUGAAGGCUCAGGGCGCUCACAGCGCCAAGGCGCCCGCGCGGACACAGUCGCCGGGAAAAUGUGGGAAGAACGGGGACAAGGACCCUGACCUCAAGGAACCCAGUCAUCGGUUGCCCAAGGUUUACAAGUGGAGCUUUCAGAUGUCGGACCUUGAAAAUAUGACAACUGCUGAACGCAUCACAAUUCUUCAAGAAAAAUUGCAAGAAAUCAGAAAACAUUAUCUGUCAUUAAAAUCUGAAGUAGCUUCCAUUGAUCGUAGGAGAAAGCGUUUGAAGAAGAAAGAAAGAGAAAGUGCUGCUACAUCCUCAUCCUCUUCUUCACCCUCAUCCAGUUCCAUAACAGCUGCUGUUAUGUUAACGUUAGCUGAACCAUCCAUGUCCAGCGCAUCACAAAAUGGAAUGUCAGUCGAGUGCAGGUGACAGCAGGACUUGCUAAAGCACUUUGCACUUAAUGGCUGUGAGGGCCACGUCUUUUUUAUACUGCACAGUGGCACAAAAUAUCAGACAAAGCACUAUUUUAUAUUUAAAAAUUGUUUCUUGACAAGCUGACUCGGCACUUAAGUGCACUUUUUUUAUGAAGAAAAAGUACAAUGAACUGCUUUUCCUCAAGCAAUAAUUGUUUCCAACUUGUCUGGGAAUUGUGUGUCUGGUGACUUGAAGGCCUUCCACUGUGGCUAAUGGAGGCUUUUCACUGCCUGUAGAGACAAUACAGUAAGCGUAAUUAUUGGGUGGCCAGAAAAUGGUAAGAUAACUUACUGUAUAUGUAUUCCCUUGUAUUUUGUUAAAGCUGGAGCAUUUGAUAUUUUUCCAUUUAUUUAUGAAAAAAAUAUGAACCUAUUUUCAUUUGUACAAGCUAAUUGUUUUUUAAAGAGAGUCACUUUGCGGUGGCUUUAAUUGUAUAAGUCAAGCACAUGUAAUAAAUUCAAAACCUGCCGUUAACAGGACAGCAGACAUCAGUCCUGGUAACCAAAUAUUAAAGAUUCUCUUUAAAAAAGACUGAACAUGUUUACAGGUUUGAAUUAGGCUAAAAGGUCUUGCAGUGGCUUUUCAUACCCCUUCAAAUUGGAAUGAAACUACUGUACUUUGCCAUUUUUCUAUAAAUCAGUAUUUUUUUUUAAUUUUGAUAUAAUACAUUGUGUGAAAAAAGAAAAUGGCUAAUAAACUGUAUUAAAUCUUAAACAAUGUAUAGAUUGUAUUUAGCCAGUUCAAAGUGUAUAUUUAUUCAUAAUGAAUUAUAACAGUUAUAUUUUUGUGUUUUCUUGUAAAUGUUUCUUUUCCUUAAAUACAGAUAACUCAUUUGUAUUGCUUAUUUUAUUAUGAGCUACAACAAGAGGAUUUCAGGAGCAAGUAAGCUGUAUUAGUAUGGUUCAAGGUUGAAGUAUAAAUAGGUAAUCGGGUAGUAGGCCUAUGAAAUUAAAUGCCUUGUAUAAAACAAAUGAACGCAGAAUUGUUUCCACUUGUAUGGACUUUAUGUUGUAUGAUUCUGACCUCUGUUCUGUUUGGCACUUGUAUUUAAUUCUCCACCUUUGUAAGACAUUGUAUAUUGCGGAUGUGUUCAUUCAAGCUAUUUAAUACCUGGCACUGUUAAUACACAGUACUUUACUGUACAGACUGUUUUACUGUUUUAAUUGUAGUUCUGUGUACUUUUUUUUUUUAAUGGGGCUGGCAUGUUUUACUUGUUUUCAGGCAAUAUGAUGUGAGAAUUUUGAAGCGUUUUGUUGUAGAUGCUAACGUGUCAGAAUCCUUUACAUUCAACUUUUCUAAGAAAAGCAUUUUCAGUCUUGUAGUGUGUGCUUACAGUAACUAAUUUUGUUGAAAAUGGUUUCAAGUUACUCAAAUUUGUACAGGACUGUAAAGAUUUGUUGACAGCAAAACAUUGAAGAAAAAGCUUAUAGAAUAAAAGCUAUAAAGUAUAUAUUAGGAUCUGCAAACAAUGAAGAAUUAUGUAAUAUAUUGUACAAAUGUAAGCAAAGGCUCUGAAAUAAAAUGCCAUAGUUUGUGAGUCAUUGA